CAGAAACAGCCUGGCAGGCAACUGAAGGCCAAUGAAGAGCUCGGCCCCUGCCCACAUGUGGGGCAUCAUACUGCUCCUGCCCUCGCUGCUGGCCGGGCUUCAGACCACCACUGCCAGGAAGAAUGGCAUCGACAUCUACAGCCUCACAGUGGACUCCCAGGUGUCCUCCCGGUUCGCCCACACCGUUGUUACCAGCCGGGUGGUCAACAGAGCCGACGCUGCUCGGGAAGCCACCUUCCAAUUAGAGCUACCCAGGAAAGCCUUCAUCACCAACUUCUCCAUGGUCAUCGAUGGCGUGACCUACCCAGGGACUGUCCAAGACAAGGCUGUAGCCCAGGAGCAGUACCAGGCAGCAGUGGGCCGGGGAGAGAGUGCUGGCCUCGUCAAGACUGCAGGGAGGCAGACAGAGCAGUUUGAAGUAUCAGUCACUGUGGCCCCUAAAGCCAAGAUUACCUUCGAACUGGUAUACCAGGAACUACUCAGACGGAGACUGGGAACAUACGAGCUACUCCUCAAAGUGAAGCCGCAGCAGCUGGUCAAGCACCUCCAGAUGGACAUCCACAUCUUUGAGCCUCAGGGUAUCGGAUUUCUGGAGACAGAGAGCACCUUCAUGACGCAGGAACUGGCAGACGCCCUUACCACCUCGCAGAAUAAGACCAAGGCACAUAUCCGGUUCAAGCCAACCCUCUCCCAGCAACAACAUUCUCAAAAUGACCAGGAUACAAUCCUGGACGGGAACUUCAUUGUCCGCUAUGAUGUGGACCGGUCUGUCUCUGGGGGCUCCAUCCAGAUUGAGAACGGCUAUUUUGUGCACCACUUUGCCCCUGAGGACCUUCCUACAAUGCCCAAGAAUGUGAUCUUUGUCAUUGAUAAAAGUGGAUCUAUGUUAGGCAGGAAAAUCCAGCAGACUCGAGAAGCCCUAAUCAAGAUCUUGAAUGACCUCAGCCCCAAAGACCAGUUCAACCUCAUUGUGUUCAAUGGGAAAGAAACCCAAUGGAGGCCGUCACUGGUGAAAGCCUCAGAAGAGAACGUGAAAGAGGCCACAGGCUAUGCGUCCAAGAUCGAAGCUGAUGGAUGGACCAACAUCAAUGAUGCGGUGCUAUCGGCUGUGGAACUCCUGGAUGCCAGCAACAGGGCAGAAAAACUGCCCCCGGGCAGUGUCUCUCUUAUCAUCCUGCUCACAGAUGGCGAACCCACUCAGGGGGAGACCAAUCCCACAACUAUCCAGAAGAAUGUACAGGAAGCCAUAAACAACCGAUACAGCCUCUUCUGCUUGGGCUUUGGUUUUAACGUCCACUACCCUUUCCUGGAGAAGCUGGCACAAGACAACGGUGGCCUGGCCCGGCGCAUCUACGAGGACUCAGACUCUGCCCUGCAGCUCCAGGACUUCUACCAAGAAGUAGCCAAUCCGUUGCUGUCGGUAGUGAGCUUUGAGUACCCCAGUGAUGCUGUGGAGGCGGUCACGCAGGACAACUUCCGAUACCACUUUAAGGGCUCAGAGAUGGUAGUAGCUGGGAAGCUCCAGGCCCAGGGGCCUGAUGUCCUCACAGCCAAAAUCAACGGGCAGACACAUAAGCAGAACAUCACCUUCCAAAUGGAGGCCAGCGUAGCCCAAAAGGAGGAGGAGUUCCGGAGCCCCAAGUACAUCUAUCACAACUUCAUGGAGAGACUCUGGGCAUUUCUGACCAUCAACCAGCAGCUUGAGCAGAUGAUUUCAGCAUCAGGUGCUGCGUUAAAGGAGCUUGAGUCCCAAGCUCUGAAUCUGGCACUCAAAUACAAUUUUGUCACCCCUCUUACAUAUAUGGUGGUCACCAAACCUGAAGGCCAAGAACAGUUUCAAGCUGCUGGGAAGCCUGUGGAUGCUGAUAACGGACCAAGAGAUGCCUUCUUAGGAGGUCAAGGCCAUUUUCUCAAGACUCACGCCAGAAGACCUCAACUGCCUAAACGAAAAGGAACUACACUCCACACAGAUCCCAGACUGAGUGUUACUGGCUCUAUGUUCAGACCAGACGCUUUUCCUGGACUUCCGGGACCCCCUGGUGAUCCUCAUUUUCCUGUUCGCUUUGAUAGCCAUAAUUUCAGGCUGCAUCAUCUCAAGAUACCGGACAUGGCACCCUUCCUGGAUGUUUCUAUGCCCUCAGUCACCUCAGCAACAAGAGAUCCCGUGGUUUUAAGUCAAGCUGUGGCACAAAGCACGAAGAAAAAAGAUGCAGAGAGCGCCACACCAGCUGAAUCCACACACCCAGCUCCUGCUGUCAUCUUGCCGCUUCCUGGAUCCAGCGUGGGCCAGCUAUGUGUGGACAUCUUACGUUUUCACAUGCCCAUCAAUCUGUUUGAAGACCCAGAUCAGGGGCUUUGGGUAGGCGGUGUGUAUGAGAAAGACGGGUUCUCAAGGAUCGAGGUGCACAUCCAGGAGUCUCGCCUGUUUGUCCGUGCAAGCCCUGAAUACGUGGUGGUGAUUCGGGACCAGAAAAGCUCCCAGUACAAAUGGAAGCAGACACUGUUCUCUGACUUACGCAGCUUGUUGAUAGUCAUGGACCAGAAGGGAUUCCUGGAGCUCAGCGGCCCAGACAGAGUGACGAUUGGUGUCAUGCGCAUAAGUGACCCUCAGAAGAGACUGGCGCUUCUUGUGUCGCACGCUGAGCGCUUCUCCAACCGCACCAUUGGACAACUCGGUCAGUUUUACCAGGAUAUCAUCUGGGACCCACCAGUUGGACCAGAUAACACAACACGGACACUUAGAGUUCCGGGAACAGAAUACCCAGCUACCAGAGAGCUCAAGUUGGACUACCGAGAAGGGUUGCCAGCAAAAAAGAUCUCCUGCUGGACCGUGAAGAUAUAGCUGUUAGAACAGUGUUGCCUACCUUACUGUCCUUGUGUGCAGAUGGAUGACACCGUAUACCACCAGGGCCACUGGCGAGGCUUAGGUCUCAAUGGGGAGGAGGAUUCUCACUUAUAAAUAAAGAAGGUGAUAUGAACCCAG